AUGAACGUGAAGAAGAUAGUGGAAAAGGCCCUUAGGGAAACGCUGGUAAAACUUGGAGUACAGGCACCACCACCAACUGUCGUUGUCAAGUUUUCUGGAGAUGGUGCAGUCAUUGCAUCGUCUGCCACCAUGGUCUUUCUGACCUUCAGCUUCCCUGGCCUUUCAGAAAACGUCCUUUCUGCUAUAGUUUUGGCAAUCAUGAUGGGGAUCAACAAAGCCAACUCAACCUAUGCCUGUGUUUGGUGUACUGUGGCUAAGGACGAGAGGAUGGGAUACAAGUGUACCAGAGAGAGUGUGGGGUCCCUGCUGCAGACAAUGAAGGAAAUUAGACCCACCAUCUUUCUCCGGGUGCCCAGCUGGUGGCCAGCACUCAGGGCAAACUCAAGUCCAGGAUAUCAUCGUUGGCCAAGAACGUUGGCUUCAGGGCCAAACUACAACAAACAGCUGGGAGGAUCAGGAACUCCAUUUGGUUGGACGAUAGUCAAUGUCGUGUUCUUCAAGAAAGUGCGACAGGCGCUGGGCCUGGAUCGAUGUCGUUUCCCCAUGGCCGGAGGUGCCCCCAUGGCGCAAGAGACGCUCACCUACUUCAUGAGCAUCAACAUCCCUGUUCAUGAGAUAUACGGCAUGAGUGAGACCACAGGUCCAACGACCCUCACCACGUCAGACAAGAUCAGGUUCAUGUCCAGUGGUCGGCCGUUUGGAGGAAUCAAGGGAGUAGGGGAGGUCCUAGUGAGUGGUCGUCAUGUCUUCAUGGGCUACAUGGGAAACACCGUGGCAACCAGCGAGGAGGGGUAUCUGUACAUCACAGGUAGGAUGAAAGAGAUCAUUAUCACAGCCAGUGGAGAGAAGGUCCCGCCACGUCCAAUAGAGGAGGCAAUUACACGGGAGCUCCCCCUCAUUAGCGAUGCCAUAGUGAUAGGAGACCAACAGAGAUUCCUCUGUUGCUUAGUAACACUGAAGACAGAGGUGGACGAAGAGACAGGUGUACCGACAUUGUCGUGUUGCCAGGCAGUGGGAAACUCCGCCCACACAGUGCAGGGGGUGGUGGGAGGGGAGGGGGAUCGGAAGGUCCUCAAGAUGAUCCAACAUGGCAUUCAUGAAGCAAGCAAAGUCUAGUGACACGCUGGUCCCUGAACUUGAGGUUGCAGUAAUGCCAUACUAUCAGUAACAGUCUGCGAUCUGUGCUAAUGAAACUCACAGGAUUAGUUAAUUGUGAAUCUGUACAAUUUUUUUGGUCUUGGA